UUCCAGAGUAAACCAACCGAAACGAUCACAGAGAACGUUUCCCGCCAGCGAGAGAUAAGAGUGAAAGAAGAAAUAGUGAUGGCGAUGGAAGUAGCGACACCGGCUCCGGCACCGAUCACCGCACCGGAGAGAAACAUCAUCCUCGCGCCGGCGACUGUUGAGACUCACAAGAAGAACAGGAUCCAAGUCUCCAACACGAAGAAACCUUUGUUCUUCUACGUUAAUCUCGCCAAGAGGUACAUGCAGCAACACAAUGAGGUCGAACUCUCUGCGCUUGGAAUGGCAAUCACAACUGUGGUGACCAUCUCUGAGAUCCUGAAGAAUAAUGGAUUGGCUACAGAGAAGAAAGUGUUGACAUCGACUGUGGGAAUGAAAGACGAGACUAAAGGAAGGAUGGUUCAGAAGGCAAAGAUUGAGAUUGUGUUGGGCAAAUCAGACAAGUUUGACUCUUUGGUGCCACCUGUGACCAACGGCAAAACGCCGGAGGAGGUAGCUAAAGCAGAGACGGAGGCUGCUGUUGAAGUACAAGAAGCUGCAGCCACAGAGGCCUAGGACGGAGCUGGCUCAGAAACACCACAUAUGAAAGAUCAAUUUUCGCUUUUGUUUUGCUUUGCUUUGCUUUGUUGUUUUUGUUUCUUUUGUGACAUAUCGAACAUAAUACUCAAUAGAUAUGAUAGUAGUUUGUUUAGGAAAAUACUACUCUAGUAUUCUUUGUUUGAGGAAUAUAUUUUUCUCCCAAACAUUCCAAUGAUAUAUUUUCUCAUUUAUUUCUUCUUAA